ACAUUUCUAAUGUAUGUUUUCAGGGACCUCUCUUCCAAUGCUAUCACAGGGUCUCUCCCAAACUCCUGUAGCUUUCUUACAAGUGCAAAAUCAAUUUAUCUUCAGAACAAUCAGUUCUCAGGUACCAUCGAUAUCCUAGCCACCCUUCCUCUUGAGAAUCUGAAUAUUGCAAACAAUAGAUUCACAGGCUGGGUUCCUGAUUCUUUGAAAGGCAUUAACUUGCAAAAAGAUGGUAAUUUAUUCACUUCUGGGCCUGCACCUCCACCACCUCCAGGUACACCUCCGAUCAGUAAAUCACCUACUCCGAAAUCCGGUAACCGUGAAACCCGGUCCAAUGGUGAUUCCAGUAGUAGUAGCAAAGACUCCAACAAAUCAGGGAUUGGAGCUGGUGGAAUAGCAGGAAUAGUCAUUUCAUUGAUAAUUGUAGCAGCAGUCAUAGCUUUCUUCUUGUUCAAAAGAAAAAGAUCAAAGAGGUCAUCAUCAUCCACAGACAUUGAAAAGACUGAUAGUAACAUUAACCAACCCAUUGUACUAGCUUCAAGUGAAUUCCAUCAAGAGAAUAAGUCUGUACAGAAUCCACCAUUAGUUGAGACAAAGAAACUGGAUACUUCAUUGUCGAUGAAUCUACGCCCUCCACCAGCUGAGCGACAUAAGUCGUUUGAUGAUGAUGAUUCAACAAUGAGAAAACCCAUUGUUGCAAAGAAAGCUGCUGUUGUUGUUCCUUCAAAUGUGAACACGUAUACGGUUGCAGAUCUUCAAAUAGCUACCAACAGUUUCAGCGUAGAUAAUCUUCUCGGUGAAGGGACAUUUGGAAGAGUAUACAGAGCUCAAUUUGAUGAUGGAAAGGUACUUGCUGUGAAGAAGAUAGACUCUUCUGCACUUCCCACUGACACGGCUGAUGAUUUUACCGAAAUAGUAUCGAAAAUUGCGCAUUUGGAUCACGAAAAUGUCACAAAGCUUGAUGGUUACUGUUCUGAACACGGACAACAUUUGGUGGUCUAUGAGUUCCACAGAAACGGCUCAUUGCAUGACUUUUUACAUCUUGCGGAAGAGGAAAGCAAACCGUUGAUAUGGAAUCCCCGUGUCAAGAUUGCACUUGGCACUGCGCGUGCAUUGGAGUACUUGCAUGAAGUUUGCUCACCAUCUAUAGUCCACAAGAACAUCAAAUCAGCAAACAUAUUACUUGACUCAGAGCUGAAUCCACACCUAUCAGACUCAGGUCUCGCUAGCUUCCUCCCCACUGCAAAUGAGCUACUGAACCAAAACGAUGAAGGAUACAGCGCACCAGAAACUUCAAUGUCAGGCCAAUACUCUUUGAAGAGCGAUGUCUACAGUUUUGGAGUAGUGAUGCUUGAGCUUUUAACCGGAAGGAAACCAUUCGACAGCACAAGGUCAAGAUCAGAGCAGUCAUUGGUGAGAUGGGCAACACCACAGCUUCACGACAUCGAUGCAUUGGGGAAAAUGGUUGAUCCAGCACUCAAAGGGCUUUACCCGGUUAAAUCCCUCUCCCGAUUUGCAGAUGUUAUUGCCCUUUGCGUCCAGCCGGAGCCAGAGUUUAGACCACCGAUGUCUGAAGUGGUGCAAGCCUUGGUUGUGUUGGUGCAGAGAGCUAACAUGAGCAAAAGAACUGUUGGAGUCGGGUCCGGUAGCUCUGGCGCCAAUGAUUACAUGUAAAUUCUUUUACCUGAGAGAGAGUCCCAAACAGAAAAAACAUAAAAACUGGCCCUCUUUUCAUGUUUGCUCGGAUUCGGAGACGGACGACGACAAGUGACAACAGAGAGACAGACAAAACAACAACAAAAACAAAAUCCCUUUUUUUUUUUUUUUUUUUGGUUUCAUAAAUCUGAUGAGAGAAUAACAAACAACAACAACAACUACCGCUUCAUGCAUUGUACACUCCCAUGUAUCUUUGUAAUUUGUAGCUCUUUUUUUUUUUAGAUUCCGACAAUAUGAUGAACAGAACCAUUCCCUUUUGUGAGUCACCGAUCGAAGACGGUAUUUUUCCA